AUGCUGCGUAAUAUGUUCCGGUUGGCGUACAACAAACAAAAAACACUGAGCCGUUACUACGCCAGAAAGACACGUAAUCCUGGAAUUGAUCGGCGAGCCGCCCUACUGCCGGAAAACGCAAAAGCCGAAGAGUACGAGAAUUUAGACGACAGUGAGGCUGACUUCCAUCAAGUGCACAAAAGCCACAAGCAAUUCGAGGCAGAACAGGCGCAAUACCGGGAUCGAUUACAGACGUGGAUCGUUGGAAAUAAGUAUUUCAAGUCGAAACAGUUAAACUUUCUCACCUGGUCCGAGAAGGAACAGAUACGAUAUCUGCAUAGUUUCGAUCCGGAAGAAUGGAAUAUUGAUAAACUGACGGAAAGUUUUCCCGCGGACAGAUACACGAUUGCCAAAAUAGUAAAGACCAAAUGGCAACCGAAGGAUGGUAAACGCAUGGAACGGCACGAUGCGGUAGUGGCAGAAAACUGGCAAAUGUUCCGAAGCGGCCGUAUUAGGAAUAUUGAUCCCGGCUUUGCGCAGCAUUUGAACAAAUUUAUGCAGCGAAAUGUUGAUAAGGUGAACGAACUGCGUCCCAAUUAUGAAUCGAAACCACUGUACGAAAUCAGACCACUGCCACAGGGAGAUUUUGCUGCCAUAGUGACGAGCUGUAAAAAAUAUCAAUCGAUGAAGAAGGACAAUGAAUCUGAACAACCUCUCCUAACGGAGGACAACGAUCAGUCACAGAGAUCGGAUACGCGUCAACCGCAUAUGAUGCGGCAUGUUCCCGAACAGCAGGACUCUUUUCUCCUGGGAAAUGUGCACAAUACGCAGCAUGUAACAUUGGCUGAAAUCAAAAGUCGAGGGGAUCCCUCGUUAACGGAUCAUCAUCGCACACCUGCCGAUGGUAAUUUGGAGCUAGACCUAGGGACAGGCAUUGUAAACAAGCUGGAAACUAUUCACAAUAAGUAUGAAAGCGUAGCGCUCGCCGACUCUAUGUACGAUGCACGCGAUGAAAAGCAAGGAAGUAUAAAAGAGUUUAUAACGAUUCCUAAAAAAUUGUAUAAAAAGGGAGCUACUUAUCAAAUGGACGAUUGUUUCUACGACGACGAUGGAGAGUUCCUAUAUAGAGUGCCUGGUAUGUCAAGGAACACGAAGCAGUAA